CGCUGGACGAGCCAAGCCAAAGUCGCAUCCCACCAUCCAAAUGUCGAUCUGUUGACGGCGCAUUCGCACAUCGUCACCCAAUCCCUGUCGACGCUACCGCAAGAAGCCUCGAUAUGACUCUACGCUCGUCGAGGCGCAAAAUUCCUCCAGUCACGAGCUUGUCACGCACACAAUUUUUUCGACCGUACCUGAACUGAAGCGCUCUACAACCUCUAAAUCAACCAUCUUCUAAUACCAUUUUCCCGCUGAUAUAACGGAGAAACCCUCGACAAUGAACUCAAUGGCCCUUCCCCGAGCUCUAGCGAGCACCACCUGGCGCGCAGUCGCCGCCAACCCCUCGGCCCCGGCCUCUCGCGCGGGGUUCUUCGCUCAGCGAUGCUAUGCCACCCGCGCCGCGAAGACGACGGCCGCCGCUGCGCCGGCUACCGCUACAAAGUCCACCACUGCGGCGAAGAAGACCACGACCACGACGAAGAAGAGCGUGAGCACCUCUGCUGCUAGCAAGAAGGCUGCUGUCAACACUACCACGGCUGCUGCUGCAUCCAAGACCUCGUCGGCCUCGACCAAGGCUAGCUCUACCGCCACCAAGGCGGCUGCUACUUCGAGUACGACCCCGAAAGCUACAAGGACUGUCAAGAAGGCCGCUACGAGCACCAACAAGGCUGCUUCUGCGACAUCUGCUGCUGCCACCAAGAAGGCGGCUGCGGCAAAGGCUGCCCCUCCUCCUCCCGCCCCCGCUCCCGCUGCCGCUCCCGUUGCUGCUGCCGCUCCCGCCCCGAAGACGCCCACCUCAGUCCCGAGUCCCGCGCCCGCAGCAGGCUCUCCCACGACAACCCCGACGGCAAGCACCCCGAGACCGGCCCCUGUUACAGCAUCAGCGGCGCCGACAACAGCCCCCAUCCGGCCCUACGCACCCACCCCCCCUCCGCCCCGGGCGCCAGAGGCGGACGCCCGUCCCAAGCUGAACCCGAACAGCAAGGAAUAUCGGAAAGCGUACGGCACGGCGGCGAGGAAGUGGACCGCGACCAUGGUGGCCAUGCCCAUCCUCCUCGUCACCUCCUACUUCCUCUUCGACAGAUUGGCUCUGGGUCAUGAAGCAAAAGUAAUGCCGGAUUUUGAAGGUGCUAAGAAGGCCGCAGAGGCGCAGAAAGAGGUGGAGAAGUUUGUCGAAGAAGCACAGGCGCAAGCCAAGGCGGCAUAG